UUUCGAGCAAGAAAAAGAUUAGCCGCUGGAACAGGUAACCUGGGUAUCCUCUCUCAGGUCCGCGGCAGUAUUGUUCACUUUGCCCACCAGUGACAGGAGUGUUUCCUGGAUUAUGGAAGCUAUGCCCCAGGAUAGUGAGGCUAUAGAGCCCGAGCUGUCCCGUCAGAGGAGAAUGUGGAAGAAUUUUCAAGAGAAAGCCAAACCUUUUUUGAGCCCAAAGCUGGGCUCGGAUCGCCGCGGUGCCGACGGGAAAAAGGAGACGGGAAUGUGGAUGUUUAAGAGGAAAAAGAAGGAGGUUUUAGACCGAGUCUUGUCUUCCUCGCAGCCUAAUCUUUGCUGCUCUGCCCCCCUACCUCCACCUCUCGAUAGCGACAAGCCCCUCUGCAGCAAACCGACCCCUGACUGCAGCAAAGUGCAGAGGCUGCAAAAGCUCGGAACCGCGCGUGCAGAAACAACAGUUAAGGCUGAGAUGCUUGGACGUGGAAGCCCGAAACCCACACUCUCUCAGUUGGUGAUGUCCCACCACAAAAGCUCGUCUCUGGGGUCGGCAUGUUUCGAAAGGCUGGUGAUGGAUUCCGACGGCGGUGGUGGAGGAGACGAACAGUUGCGCAAGAAUGCCAGCGAUUCCGGAAUCAACAUAGUGGGACCAGGUAAUGCCAAACCCCCCCUCGCCAGUUCAGGGAUGUACCAGCUGGACCUUGUGCUGAAGAGCGGGCACAACCUGGCCAUACGGGACAGGGGAGGAACAAGUGAUCCCUAUGUCAAGUUCAAAAUGGCAGGAAAAGAGGUGUUCCGCAGCAAAACCAUCCACAAGAACCUCAACCCUGUGUGGGAGGAGAAGGUCAGCUUGUUGGUGGACAGCCUUCGGGAGCCCCUGUAUGUCAAGGUGUUUGAUUAUGACUUUGGUUUUCAAGAUGACUUCAUGGGAUGUGCCUACCUGUACCUAGAAUCUCUAGAGCAGAAGAGGACCGUGGACGUGAUACUGGACCUGAAGGACCCCCGCUACCCCGACCAUUUCCUGGGGACCUUGGACCUGGCCGCCACCCUGUCCCCAAAAGGGGAGGAGUUUCGAGAAGCUACUAUGCUUUUGAGAAGGAGCUGGAAGCGAUCUAGUAAGCAGCAGCAGAAUCCGAGGCUGUCGGGGGAGAACAGGAAGUCCCAGCUGUGGAGGGGCAUCGUCAGCAUCAGCCUCAUCGAGGGCCGCAACCUCACGCCCAUGGACACCAACGGCCUCAGCGACCCCUACGUCAAGUUCCGCCUGGGCCACCAGAAGUACAAGAGCAAGACGAUGCCCAAGACCCUGAACCCGCAGUGGAGGGAGCAGUUUGACUUCCACCUGUACGAGGAGAACGGCGGUGUGAUGGAGGUCACCGUCUGGGACAAGGACGCCGGGAAGAGGGAUGACUUCAUUGGCAGGUCCCUGCUGCACCUGUCUGGUCUGAGUAAGGAACACACCCACAAGCUGGAGCUCCCUUUGGAGGAGGACAAGGGCAUUCUGGUGCUGCUGGUCACCCUCACCGCCUCCUCUGCCGUCUCCAUCUCCGACCUGUCAGUCAACAUCCUGGACGACCCCGUGGAGCGCCACGAAAUCCUCCGCCGAUACAGCCUGCUGCGGACCUUUCGCAACCUGAAGGACGUGGGGAUGGUUCAGGUGAAGGUCAUUGGUGCAGAGGGUCUGCUGGCCGCUGAUGUCACAGGGAAAAGUGACCCCUUCUGUGUGGUGGAGCUGAGCAACGACCGUCUGCAGACGCACACCGUCUACAAAAACCUCAAUCCAGAGUGGAACAAGGUCUUCACUUUUAAUGUGACGGACAUCCACGCGGUGCUGGAGGUCACAGUUUACGAUGAGGAUCGAGACAGAAGUGCCGAUUUCCUGGGCAAAGUGGCCAUCCCCUUACUAAGAAUCCGGAAUGGAGAACGGAAAGCAUACGCCUUGAAGAACAAGGAGCUGACAGGGCCGACCAAGGGGGUCAUCUUCCUGGAAACAGACGUGAUUUUUAAUACUAUCAAAGCUGGCCUGAGAACCUUAGUACCAAUAGAACAAAAGUACAUUGAAGAGGAACCCAAAGUUUCCAAACAGCUCCUGCAGCAGAACUUUAACCGGGUGAAGCGCUGCAUCCUGGUCCUCAUCAACUCCGGUUACUAUGUCAACAGCUGCCUUGAGUGGGAGUCUCCCCAGAGGAGCAUCUGUGCCUUCCUGCUCUUUCUCCUGGUUGUGUGGAACUUCGAGCUCUACAUGAUUCCACUGAGUCUGCUUCUGCUGCUGGCCUGGAACUACUUUCUCAUCGCCUCAGGGAAGGAUACCGGGCAGGGCGAUGUGCAGGCGCUGGAAGACCUGCUGCAGGACGAGGAUGAUGAGGAUGAUAAAGAUGACAAGGACUCGGAGAGGAAGGGCUUCAUGAACAAGCUGUACGCCAUCCAGGACGUGUGCAUCAGUGUGCAGAGCGCGCUGGACGAAGUGGCCUCCUAUGGAGAGAGGAUAAAGAACACGUUCAACUGGACCGUGCCUUUCUUGAGCUGGCUGGCCAUCACGGCGCUGUUCGUGGGCACUCUGGUCAUAUACUUCGUUCCCCUCAGAUACAUUGUGUUGGCCUGGGGUGUGCAUAAGUUCACAAAGAAACUGCGUGACCCGUACAUCAUCGACAACAACGAGCUGCUGGACUUCCUCUCCCGGGUUCCGUCGGAUGUGCAAGUGGUGCAGUACCAAGAGCUGAAACUGGAUCCUGGUUCCAGCCCCAAUAAAAGAAAGAAAAAUAACCCUGGGUAGUCGCCCCCCCCCCCCCACUUCUCCUGAUCCGGAUCUGCUCAGUUCUGUCUUACUUUCUUCCCUCUGAUGUCUUUUUUUUUUGUUGUUAAAAUGCACACACUCUUUGUAAAUAUCAUUAACAUUGUAAAUAAUGAGGGCUCGUAAUUAUUACUUUUUGUUUAUUUUCUGUUUAUUUUUAUUGUUUUGAGGAUAACAAUGGGACCAACAUGGCGACUGAGUCUUGGAGUAAGUGUAAUUUACUCUGUGACUUUGUCCUGAUUUGUAUAUAGAGAGACGGGGUUUUCGCUAUUUAUCAAACAUUGCCACCACACACACAUACUGUACACACUCACGUAUACACACACACACACACACACACACACAAACACUCACACACCUACAUGCUAAGUCAGACACAUAGGCACGUAUGCACAAACACACACAUGCAUUGAAACAAGGCUAUGGAAGCCAAAGGAAUUCAUUUAUUAAAAUGUUCUCUAUCCGUGGACUCCCUGGGGGCUGUGCCGGUGGUCACCAGGGCAACUGUGAUCUCCAUUAGCCCUGACCCCCCCCCACACCCCACCCAGCCUCCACAUUUGAGCUCUCAUUUAAAACUUCAGGUAUUUCUCCGGAGGUCACCCGUGUUGGUGCUCUAUGUCACCUGUCCGUGCACAAGGUCACAAAACUGUCUGUCGGAGAUCCCUGAGGCUUCCUGCAAACAUCUGUUUACCUUCACAAAGAGUGUAGGCCCAGAAUGUUUAUUCAAAUUCCACCCACUGCCCCCCUCCAGCACCCCUAAGAAAACACAUAAUCAAGGACUUUUACCCUGUUCCUUUUUGUUUUGUAUUCUUCUCGAAGGGACAUUUCUGAAUCUUAAUGUGUGUACUGCACUGUAUGUAUAAUAAAUGUGUAUUAUUUUAGUACAUA